AAUGAGCAAGAAUAGAUGUGUUUUUUAAAUGUAGGUGGUUGCUGUAGGAGUUCGGUCUACCAUAAAACAUGGCAACCCUAGUGUAAACACGAUUGCGCGGCGAAGCGGCUUGGCCGGCGGGGAGGCGCCGUCACUCGGGCGGGCGCCGCCGCGAGCUCCGGCCGCAUUAUGUCUGUGCGUGUGGAACAUCGGGAUCGAGACCGCGAUCGCGAACGCUUUUCGAGACACUCGUCUCGCGCUUCAGUGGAUCUAGCUUUUCCUAGCAGUUCCUCGCGCGACCAUUCCUUCCGAUCGGUGCAUUCCGGCCGAGUGCCGCGGGUCGCUAGCGAUGAUUUGAUGGUGCCCGUGCGCACUUUACGAUCGGCAUCAUGUCGUGCUACGUCAGGAGCACCUCAUCGGUUGCGGCGGCAUCACUCAUCUGCAGCAGAAUGCGACAGAACCCGUCGCCCCCGUCGACACACGCUGGAGCUUCCCAACAGCCGGGGUCCCAGUGUCAGAAGUCGCUCUCCAGAGCCACCACCCCCGCAGCCUGUCGAGCCCGAGAUUCCUCCAGAGGACGCCAGCAAGGAGGCGCGACGGCGACGCGUAGUGGCAGCUGUCGCGGCAUCGUUCUUCAUGCUGGCGCUGGCGUCCAUCCUGGUCGUGGUGGUGACGCUCACCCACAGCUCCGUGAUGCGCGCUCACAACCAAACAGCCAAGUACUACACGUUCUCCGUGCCGCCGCACCAUCCUCUCAUACGGCAGGAGAACGAGCGGCUGAUGCACGACGUCCUUCAGGCGGGAAUCGCCAAUCGCACCCAGUUGUCGGGGGGAUUGCGCUGACGCCGCGCUACUCCCCUCGUCCAAGGCUUGAUAACAUCAGGCCGGCUGCCGCGCCUCCCGAGGAGCCCUCAGAACCUUUGGAAACCCCUUAUGGACUAUCCAAUAACGCUUCUGUACCGGUGAGCACAACCCUAGCAGGCCCUGCGUGAUUACGCAAGACUAUGGACUAUCUAGAUAGUAUAUGUGAAUUUGUGAAUAACGUUGUUACUCGUUGGAGAUUGGAACUCCAGUAGGUAUUGUUAAUGUCCGAGGUAUAUGUGUAGUAUAAAGCUAUAUUUUGAUUGAAUACUAUUUCACUGUUUGAUCUUUUGAUUUUCAGUUUGCUGUUUCCUUUGUAUAUCUCGUUCACUCGGGAGUGUUAGUAUUAAAUGUAUUCUUAUUUCAGAGGCAUAGUCGCCUAUUGUUCUGCGCUGAUUUAUUUAAUUACAAUUAAAUGUUACAAGUAAAUAUAAGAUAAUUUGUACUGAAUGUAAAAAAUAAGAUUCAUAUAAUACAUGGGAUCAAAUUUUAAAAAUCUCUGUUUAAGUUACCAUUUACUACUACAAUAAAUUUAUUAAAAUUCUAUUUAAGAAAUUCUCCUAAAUAAUAGGUUGAGAUUACUUAGCCUUUUGUUAUAAAAUCAUGCAUUGGUGAUGAUUCUUGGCAUUGCAAUAAAUUUCACGUAGAUGUUACGUUUUUACUACUAUAACUGUAAUCAGUAAUUAAUUUAACGCAUUCAUAGUAUUUAAAUAUCAGUACUCGAUGUGUAGACGUUUAUGCUCACUUGUUCAAGAUUAUCUUCUGAUUCAUAUGUAAACUUCAAAAGAAAGUAAUAGGUAUUAUGUUUAACAUAUAUAUGAUUUAUUAUCAUAAAAAUAUUUGCGAUUUCACACCACAACAGUAUAUUUCCACAUAAAGGAAAAUUAGUAUAAAACCUUACAAAUAUUAAUCCAUCCUAAAAUCGUAAAGAGAGAAUAUUAAAAUCUAACAAUACUUUUAUAAUCUGUAAUCGUCUAAAUAAUUUUGACCCUUUAUACGUAUUGAAAAUUAUUUUUAUAAAAACUAUACAUUUUAAAAGUAGCAAAUUUUAUAACUCUUCUAUUCUUUGUGACAUUUAAUCGCUCUCUCAAAGUAUGACGCAAUUCAUUUUUGACCCCUUAACACUCUUCAACCCAAAAAUAUAAGUACCACAGCUUUUUACUAUAUCUUUUAACACAAAGGGUUCUUAGUCUGCUAAUUUCUAUAAAAAAUAUUGACUAAAUACUUUAACAUUAACCUUCUAACACUUCAUAGACUAAAACUAAAUAUUUGAUACUGUUUAAAUAUAGCUACUCAUUUGUUUCUUCUACUCUAGUGGUAACGCUGAGUUUUAAUUUAUACUAUCUGUUUAUCGAGGCAAAGAAAAUGAUAGUUUUAAUCCCUUUUGUAAAUCACAGUUGGAACUGACCACGAUGACGUGUGUACGUUUCGCGUAAUUGAAAUAACAGAUACGGAAACCAUAUAAUAAAUAUAUCGUACACUUUUAAGCCGAAUCUAGUCAAAGGAGCUUUUGAAACUGUGCUUAAAUGUAAGGGUAAGUUUUAUAUGUAGCUGUUGUAUGGAUAUUGUUAUGUAAAGUAUAUGUCACUGUAUGGUGGAUUUUAGACGCUAAAUAUGUGUGCGCUUCAGCAAAGUAUAUAAUCAUAUAAUUGUAUAUGCUGUAGUUAUACCAAACCAAGGGCUGUAUACCCUUGGAUAGAUAAUUUAAUGUGUAGAUAUUUCAUUUUAUUGUAUCUCCCUCAUUUUAUUAAUUUAAUGAUUAAUUAUUGUGGUCUGGUAGUGCUGCUAAUAUGUGAUGUUCGCCAUAAAUUAUGUGUGUAAAUUUAACGUUAUAUAUGUAGCAUACCUAUGCACAAUCAUUAUUUAAAAUGUCUUUAAAAUCUAUUUAUUACCUUGAUGUAUUUUUAUUUUUAUUAUAACAAACAAUAAUUUUGUAAGCGAUAAAUUGUUAAGAGUUUCUUACUUCUGUAUCUUCCAUAUUCUCAGGUUUUUUGUAUCUCAAGACUAGGCCUCGUUUUGUUCCUGUCAGACAUAAGUACACGAGAAACAUAUUAUAUAAGCGUACAUCAGUUUCCUUUGUAUUGUUUUGUAGGUAUAGGUUGUGUAUUUUUGUAAUAAAAAAUUGAUGUGAGAUUACGAAUUACCUAUAAGCCGUCACACUUCAUGUCUACUCGGUAGGAAAUUGGAUUGUCAAUUGGUAUACGGUGCAAUUCGAGUUCAAUUAAUCAGGAAUUCGUCCCCAAUUAUAUUUAUUACCUUUCGGGGAAAUAUUAAAUGCAGCAGAUCAGUAGACACGAAGCGAUGAGCCACUUAUUAUGUAAGAAAUUGUAGUUGUUAUGUUACCCCCUUGCUUAAGUGUUUCAAAGAGGUAUGAGAUUUGUGCCGGAACUAAAAAUAAAGCCUUUCAAUGAUGUUAUUAAGCAUAUAUACUUAGCACGAUUAAACUACAAGGUAAUUACAGAAUUCGAUCAUUUGAAGUUGAAAACUGUUAAGUUAGAGAUAUUUUGAUACAUUUUGUUAUUUUAUAUCAUAUUUGCAAUACCAUUAUUAUUAUUUAAAUUAAUGCAGAUUUCAAAAUGAUAAAGUUGCGUUGACUGUGAUUGGUCAACAGCACCUAUGCACCAAUCACAACUAAACGAGUUGCGCCAUUCUUUUGUAUCUAAUAUAUAAAUAAUUAUUUUGCUCUUUGCUGGUAUAUUUUAAGAUGUUAAAAAUUUCACAUUUUUUCACUAAAUGUAUGACUAUGUCUUUACGUAAAUCGUAAUACGUCACAGUAUAAAUUCUAACAUAGAUUAAUCUAAAUAUGCCACAAUAUCUCUAACUAAACUUAGAUGAUUUUGUAUGGGGGCAAUCGUUUAAUCCGCAACCCAUCCUUAAGAGAUACGUUAAGUACGUGUUCAUAUUCCGAGUCGAUUCACCCAGUCAAGUAUCAAUACCUAUUGAUUAGUGUUAGACAAACGAUACAAAGAAUUUUAUAGUUGUUUGUUGUAAAUGUCAGUUUGAAUUAAUCUAUUUUACAAAAAAUGUUUAAUAAAAUAUCUUUA